GGUUUCCAUGGGGUAACCCCGGCAGAGGGGUCCCGGGGAGUGCCAGCCCCCUGUCACCCACCCCAGCUGCCUGCUGGGCCGCCUCGCCUCUGGUUGCACUCAGUGGCUGGUUCCAGCCAAAUUUGGCAUAGAUCAGAGGUGCUGGGACCUCCUGGGAGAAUGCCAGGGAGGGGGUGGGGAAGCUGCAGGCUGUGCUGAGCCCUUAUUAGACACUGGAGAGUCCAGCAGCACGCGGGCAGCCAGGGCUGCCAAGCUCUCCUUGUGCUGAUCCAGCGUGGCUGGUCGAGCAGGUGAUGGGUGUUUGCAGCUCCUCCAAGGCAUGGAGAGGGGUCAGACCCAGUGCUGCUCCUUGCUGAGGCAUCACUGGCCUGUGACAGGGACUCGGCCUGGGAUGGUGUCUCCGUUGCCACUGGGUUUGUUCAUUGCCACCACCCAAAUGAUCCCUGCAGGGUUCUGUGAUGAGCAGCAAAGCUGCUGUCCCGGCUUUGACCCGUAAGAUACGAAGGGAAGGUCCUUCAUGGGGUGGAGAGUGGCAAGAGGUGGCCAGAGAAUAAAAAUACUCUCGGUGCCAAUGAGCUGGGGGUGCCAGAGGCCGUGGGAGCAUGGCUGUAUCCUGACAGCCCCUAGCUCUCUCCCUGCCUGGUAGCAGCAAAGGGAAUCCUGGAAAACCAUCUGGGAAAAAAAUGAGGUUCAGGUGCCCAGAGAAGCAGAGCCCGGCUAAGCCCCUGGAGCACCAGAGGGUGACGGCAGAGGAAGGAGCUGCCGACGCCGGUGGUGACUUUUGGGUGACGGGGAGGUUUCCAUCCGGAUGGAGUGGCGCUGGGGACAGCAGCAGCAGCACAACCGCGUUGGGUUUUUCGUGCCGGGGUGUUUGGGCUCGGGAGGAGAGGAGAUAACAACUCGUGUCCCGGGGAAGGCGAGGGAAGCAGCUGCGCUGAGCCGGGCGCUGGGAUGAGCUGAUAACAAGCACAUGGCGCUGCCCCAGGGGAGCGGGGGUGGGUGCCAGCAUCCCUCCUUCCUCUUUCUCCCCUUUCUGCCCUUUUUCACCUGCGGUGAGACCAUACCACUGAGGGGCAGCCGCCAGCAGAGACCACAAGCGGUGCUGGUCGCUUUUGGGCUGGAGCCUCCUCCACCCACAGCAGUGCCGAGGGUGAAUUUAAUCAAGAAAACGGACGUUGGCGGCUGAUUUCUCUCCCUCUCUCUCUCUCCUGUUUCUUUUUUUCCUGAAGAGGAAAAAAACCAAACAACUUUGUUUGUGAGUCACUCUUGGCCGAGGGAGCAGGGCUGCGCUCUGUGCAUCAGGCUGGCACAUCCCACCUCGCACGGACGAUGCUGCCGGGAGGCACCGCCGGCGGCUCUGACUCAGCUCACCCUCAGCACAGCCCCUUUCCCGCACUGCCCACCUCGCUGCCGGUGUCUGUGCCCUGCGGGCAGUGCUGGAAGCCCGGGGACAUCGGAAGGACAGCGUGGCAGAAAGCACUGUCGCUUUGAAGUGGCCUCGGCUGGUCACUGAGGACCGAGGUGCAGCCUGCACGCACCCUGGGGACAUAUCCUGCCUGUCACUCUCAGCAGAGCCGCUUCCUUGGCCAUCGGGUUGUUCCAGCGCCAGCGUGGCCGGGCUAUCUCUGAGAAGCUGCCAUCAGUGCCAGUCCUGGCUGGGGAGCCCCAUGUUGGUUGCCCUCGUGCCUGCCGGAUCCAGCCCUCCUGGGAAGCAGGCGGCUAAGCUGGAAGCAGGAGGCUGAGCUGGCUCAGCCCCUGGUGGGACCCACUGUGCGCCUCUCCUGCCCCAUCGAGGCAGCUGGCCCCGUGAUGGAACAGCAAGGAGAGCGUCUGGGCCGGGCGGGGGCUUUCCCAAAAAAGGCCUGAACUCUUCGGUUGAGUUUGCCACUUCCCUUACCACUCCCUUUCCUGUGAGAGGAUGUGUUCAGCCGCUUUUCUUUUCUCUUUCUCUCUUCUUUUCUCCCCCACGUCCCUGCCCGCAGAGCCGGCGGUCCUGGCGAUGCCACGCACCCCCUGAGCCGGCCGGGGUCACCCUGGCUGGCACGAUGGCCAGGCUGCAGGCUCCAUCCAGGAGGCGGCAGGGACAUUAGCCAGGGGGUCUCACGGCUCGCCUGCAGGCUGGGAGGAGCUGAGAGCGGCAGAACAGCCCCUGAAGCACGACCCAACCCCGUGCACCGUGUAUGAGGCUGGGACGCAGUACGCAGGACCGGCGUCCGCAGAGUCACCCCUUCCGAUGUCCCGGCAUGAGACUUCUCCGACAACGGUGCAACCCACCAGCAACCACCGCCCCAACGCCUGCUGCUUCUGCUGGUGCUGCUGCUGCAGCUGCUCAUGGAACGAGGACCGGGAGCGAGCAUGGAGAGCAUCCCGGGAGACCAAACUGGAGACCAUCCCAAACUGUGAAGCGUGCGCCAAACCCACGCCAGAGGAGGUGCAGGGCUGGGCACAGUCCUUUGACAAGCUGAUGAAGAGCCCGGCGGGGCGCAACGUCUUCCGGGAGUUUUUGCGGACUGAGUACAGCGAGGAGAACAUGCUCUUCUGGCUGGCAUGUGAGGAGCUCAAAACCGAGUGCAACAAGCACACCAUCGACGAGAAGGCCAGGAUGAUCUACGAGGACUACAUCUCCAUCCUCUCUCCCAAGGAGGUGAGCCUGGACUCGCGGGUGCGGGAGGUCAUCAACCGGAAGAUGCAGGAGCCGUCCUCGCAUACCUUCGACGACGCACAGCUCCAGAUCUACACGCUGAUGCACAGAGACUCCUACCCCCGCUUCCUGAACUCUGCCAUUUACAAAUCGCUGCUCCAGAGCGUCUCCCACUCCUCCUCGGAGUCCUAAGGGCGCCCGCCGGCCGUGGGGACACCAGUGGGGACAUGGUGGCCGGGGGGAGUCAGUGCCUCCUCCCCUCUGCUGCCCUCCU